UACUCAUAUUUUCUAAUUGUAAGUAAACAAGAAAAUUAGCAACUUUGUUGUUUCUUCUUCUUCUUCUUCGAUGUUUUCUCCUAAAAAAUAUGAUGUUUUUCUUAGCUUUCGAGGUGAAGAUACACGCGACAACAUCGCAAGCCAUCUUCAUGAAGCAUUAAUCCAAAAGAAAGUUGAAACAUUUACGGACGACAAACUGAAGCUUAAAAAAGGAGAAAGAAUUGGGCCAUCACUCAUCAAAGCCAUUGAAGAAUCACAUGUUUCUAUUGUCAUUUUCUCAGAAAACUAUGCUUCCUCGGGGUGGUGUUUGGAUGAAAUCGUCAAGAUUAUGGAAUGCCAGAAAGAAAGAGGACAAAUUGUGAUACCUGUGUUCUACAAAAUAGAUCCAUCAAAUGUGAGACAUCAAAGUGGGACAUAUGAAGAAUGGUUUGUGAAACAUCUCAAUAGCAACAAUAGUCACAAAGUGCUCAAUUGGAGAAGUGCUCUCACAGAAGCAGCUAAUUUGGCUGGUUGGGAUUUUCAAACUUAUGGGUGUGAAUCUCAAUUCAUUAAAGACAUUGUUAAAGAUAUUUUGCAACAACUGAAUCUCAUACACCCAAUUGAAUUGAAGGGAGUGGUUGGAGUUGAGGAAAAUUAUAAAAGAGUUAAAUCAUUAUUGAAAAUGGGCUCAAGAGAAGUUCGAGUGAUUGGCAUAUGGGGCAUGGGUGGCAUAGGUAAGACAACCCUAGCACUUGUUUUACAUGCCAAAUUGUCUUCUCAAUUUGAAGGUCAUUGCUUUUUGGCAAAUGUAAGGGAACAAAUAGAGAAGAAUAAUAUAGAUUUCUUGCGCAACAAGCUUUUUUCAGAGUUGUUAGAGGACAAAAAUCUCCAUGUUAAUAUACCCAAAGUUGAAUAUCAUUUUGUGAUGAAUAGACUUAGACGUAAAAAAGUUCUUAUUGUUUUGGAUGACGUGGCUACCUCAGAACAAUUAGAUGACCUAAUCAGUGAUUAUGAAUGUUUGGGACUUGGAAGUAGAGUGAUUGUAACCACUAGAGAUAAGCAUGUAAUUAAAGAUGUUGAUGAAAUAUUUGAGGUCAAGGAAUUGAACGAACAUGAUUCUCUUCAGCUUUUCUGUUUGAAUGCAUUCAAAGAAAAACAUCCUAAAAGUGCAUAUGAAGAGCUCUCGAAAAAUGUAAUUGCCUAUUGCAAAGGAAACCCUUUGGCUUUAAGAGUUUUGGGUGUGCGUCUUCGUUCAAGAAGUAAAGAGGAGUGGAAAGCUGAAUUGGAAAAAAUCAAGAAGAUUCCGGACAUAAAAAUUCAUAAUGUGUUGAAAUUGAGUUAUGAUGACUUAGAUAGUGAUCAACAAAAUAUUUUGUUAGACAUAGCAUGCUUUUUCAAAGAAGAAUCUAGAGACCGCGUGACAAAUCUAUCGAAAGCUUUCCACCCAUUUAUUGGGAUUCAAAACCUAGUAGAAAAGUCUCUUAUAACCAUUUCAAAUAAGAGUACAAUACAAAUGCAUGACUUAAUACAAGAAAUGUGCUGGAAUGUUGUUCAUCAAGAAUCCCCUAAAGACCCUGGAAGCAGAACUCGAUUGUGGGAUCCCAAUGAAGUGUAUGAUGUACUAAAAUAUAAUAAGGGAACUAAAGCUGUAGAAGGAAUAACUUUAGAUGUGUCUAAAAUUGAGGAUCUACAUUUGAAGUUUGAUUCUUUUACAAAAAUGUAUGAGAUGAGAUUUCUUAAAUUCUAUUAUGGAAAUUGCAAUGUGGCAAGUAAUAUAUAUCUUCCGGACGGUCUGGAUUCAUUGUCUGACAAAUUGAGGUACCUUGAAUGGCAUAGAUAUUGUCUAAAGUCUUUGCCAUCAAACUUUUGUGCUAAAUAUCUUGUUGAGCUUUCCAUGCCUUACAGCAACCUUCAAAAGCUUUGGGACGGAGUUCAGAAUCUUGCAAAUUUAAAGGAAAUUGACCUUAGAUUCAGCAAUGAGUUGGUUGAUGUCCCAGACUUGUCUAAGGCUACUAAUUUGGAAUGGUUGGCACUUACUGGGUGUAGAAAUUUGCGCGAAAUCCAUCCUUCCAUUUUGUCUCUCGACAAGCUUAAAGAUCUCGAAUUAGAAGGUUGUACGAAGAUUGAAAGUUUUCAAACUGACAAUCAUUUAGAUUCUCUUCAAACCAUCCAACUCAGCAACUGCUCAUCUCUGAAAGAAUUCUCGGUCACUUCAAAUAAACUCGAGAAACUGUGGUUAGACGGUACAUCUAUCCAAGAAUUGCCAUCAUCAAUUUGGUGUUGCAAGAAACUGAAGAUGAUUGAUCUACACAAUUGUGAGAAUCUUAUUGGUUUUGGAGAAAAUGAAAACUAUAUAGAAAUUGGAUCUCUUAGCACUCUGAUUCUUUCUGGCUGCAAAAAAUUCAAUACAUCAAAUUUGUGUUUCAACUUCAAAGCAUGGCAAUCAACUUUAACCUCAUUGAGUUUAGAAAAUUGUUGCAACUUAGAGCCACUUCCUGAUAGCAUUGGUUUAUUGUCAUCAUUGCAAUGCUUAAGACUAAGUGGAAGCAAUAUUGAGAGAUUGUCACCACACAUCAAAAACCUUAACAACCUUAAAGAGCUAAGGUUAGACAAUUGCAAGAAACUCGUGUCCAUGUCUGUGUCUGAGCUUCCACCAUCAUUAAGAUUGUUUAGUGCUAUCAACUGCAUUUCUUUAGACACGGUCACGGACCUUACUACAUUGGACAUACCUUUUGAACAUAGAACUAAACCUCAACAAUAUUAUCAAUCUGUGAUCUUCCCAGGAGGUCAUGUUCCUAAGAGAUUUAGUUUUCAUUCAGAAGAAAAUCAUCAUCACGGUUCAACUUCUUCAGUAACUAUUAGCCAUCUUCCAGAAUCUGGUUUAUAUGGUUUAGUGUUUUGUAUCAUUCUUUCUGAGUCAAUUGAUCAGUAUCGAUACGUUCAAUGUUCUGUUAACCAAAAUUCCAAAAGAAUAGGUGUAAAAUCCGCCUCUUUGCGUAAUCUUGUUAUGCAUUUGGUUACGGAUCAUGUGUUUCUUUGGUAUCUUGACAUCAAAAGUGGCGCUCAAAACAUUUCUUUGAAUAGUCAAAUACAGGAAAGUGGAGCAUGGGAUAAUCCUUGCAACAUAUCCUUUGAAUUUUCACUUGAAAAUGAGGAGGGAGAAUGGUCAACUGAGAGGAUAAAGGGCUGUGGGGUGUUCCCACUUUAUCACUUACAAGAAGCUAACAAUUUUAAAGAGGACUGAAUUGCAUGUCAUAGGAAGUGAUCAUAAAAAUGAAGAGAAUAAGACUAAGAAAUUGCAUCAAAUUAACAACUUUGUAAUUUGUAUAUAGGUAUGAAACUUCACCCACUUUAUAUAUAAAUGUUUUGAUUUAGCUUUACACUA